AUUGAUAAAAGACUUGACGGUUAGAUCCUGUUUGUGUACUUUUCCAAGAAACCCCGCCUCUCCCUUUGUUGCUUUCAAUUUUUGUCCUCACAGUAAACUUCAGUUGUAAAUUUCUCUUCAUCAUAGGAAUCCUGAUACAACUUUACACCUAGUACGUCGACCUUCUCCGAAAAGAAUACAAAUGGAUGUUUGCCGUCAAAGAGCCUUAUACGGACUUCCUGCAUCUGAUAAGCCUUCAGAUAUGCAUUGUGUCAUACAACAAAUAUCCGAGUCUCUUGGUAGCAUUGAGCGCGCCAAGGUUUUCUACUUGUGCGAAAUUUUGGACACGGAUAAUACAGCUGUCCGUGUGAAGGAGACGCUUACCUCCAAAGUCAUGAGCUAUGACGCGGACAGUCUGUUCCUGGCUGAGCUCAUGCUCCAUUUGAGAAGGUAUGACAUCCUGAGAAAGGUCCUGGGGUCCAGCAAGGAUGAAGUGGAGAGGGCUUUGGGAUCCAGGCAGGUUUUACCCAGAUUCAGAGUACUAAUGGCGCAUAUAAGCGAAGAUAUGACCAACGACGAUAUUAAGAGUGUGAAAUUUCUGCUAAGUGACAUGCUACCGCGUGAGAAAAUAGAAUCUGCAAAGAACUUCCUGGACGUGAUUAUAGAGCUAGAGAAGCUGGGUAAAAUUUCCCCCAAACGAGUGGACUUUUUGGAGGAAUGUUUAAGGAUUGUGGGCAGAAUUGAUCUCGCCAAAAAACUCAAGAUGUUCAAGAUGUCAGUAAACCUGCCAACAACUGAAGAAGUUGUACACCACGCCUGCCAGAAUCCAGUAAAUCGAUACACCUUUACCAGCGAACCCAGAGGAGUUUGUCUUAUUAUAGACUGUGUGGGUAACGAUGGAGAGAUGCUGGAGCACACGUUUAAGUCGCUGAACUUUGACGUGACUCUACAUAAAUGGCUCGGUCUGAUUGAGACCGUUACGACGCUCAAAAGCGUUUUUCGUGGAGGUUCUGACCACAGAGGCGACGGCCACGUCUGCUGCAUCGUCAGUCGUGCAACUGACAAUCACCUCCUGGCCACAGAUUCGGAUUGCGAAGGGCUCCGUCUUCAAGAUGUUCGGCGACUCUUUACCGGGGCUGGCUGUUCGGCGUUGGUUGGCAAGCCAAAGCUGUUCUUUGUCCAGAGUUACACUGUACCAGCGUUACAACCCUUUGUCGGAGGGAACUACUGGGAUGAUGAGCAACUGGAAACGGAUGGCGGGGGUGGUCAGUUGCAAACUGAUAGUACUCCGUUUGAUGCAGAUGUGCUGUGGAGUCACUGCCGAACUGGAGAACAGCAACUACAGGAAGGUCAACAUCACUCCGUGUAUCUUAAGGCUUUGACAGGAGCUUUAAGUGGAUGCCAAAGAAGGAGCAGACAUGUGAUUGAUCUACACGAGGAGGUGGAUAAAGUGAUCAUGGAGCACAACAGCAGGCAUCCUGGAGCAGAAUACCACAUAGACCUAAAAAACACUUUGACCAAAAAUCUGUACUUAUAAGACUUGUACCUACUCUACUUACGUAUUUGAUCACUUUUUGUCAAGUAUAUCAUACACUUGGCCAAUUUCACAGUGCAGCUAAAAACAUUUGUAUUUGAUUCUUUGCUUGGAAUGUAAUACUGUAUGUGAUCAACUAUACAGCCAAACUUUAGUUUUAAUAGCAUGCAAUACACUACAUUAGCACUGCAAUGUAUGAUUAGACAAAUUACUAUAUUGAAUGUGCUUGAAGAUGAAUAGUACACAUGUAACAUACCCCAAUUAAAAAAAAAAAAAAAUUGGUCUCAAGUACCGUAUGAAGGUACAGCUUGACUGACAUUUUGUCGGUCGGGGCGGGGGGUGCCUAGUCUGGGUUUUUGGUGAAAGGUGAGAUUUUUUAAAUGUAAUGCAAGUGCAGUGUUUGAAGGAACACCUUAAUAUGCAAUUAAAAUAGUAACAUUCACUGUCAGUUUUGUUUGGAGUGCGUUUUAACUGCUACAAGUGUGUACUUAUGACCAAAUGCAUAUGAUCAUACCUGUCAACCCGAGGCCGUUGGCAAUCUUACAAAUGGAGACGUAUGCCCUUACAAAUUGGUGAUGAACCUUACAACGUAUGUAUGUAGCGUGUAAUAUGAAACAAAAACUCAAUUUUUAAAAUAUGAAUUUAUUGGUAUUAUAGUAACAACCUGGUGCAAUCAAAGAACAAUCAUUCAGCUACAUCAUGAAUACUAAAAUUUAACUGACUUUUGUUAUUGUAUGUAGCACUUUUGGCAAUUUCUAUCAUGUCUUGAUGGCUGCACUUCAGCUCGCAAUUCAGUUUGAUUUGAAGGUAGUGUGUCCAAUUAUAAAUUAAAAAGGUCAAUUGAUAAAAUUAACUUGCCGUUGCAAUCUUUGAGUCAGGGAACAUUUCUUUUGCUAAUUCUGAGAAGUGAUCAGCAAUAGUUGCUAAUUGUGUUCGGCAACAAAUUGGCAGAAUGAAAUCUCCGAUUUCGUCACUUUUCAUUCUGCAGACAUCUUUAUGACCAGUGUUGUUAAUCUUACUUUUACAAAUUUGUUAUAAAUUACUUCUCCCAAAAAUUUAGUAACUUACCUAAAAGUAAUUAGUAACUUGGCAAAGUAACUGGUGUUACCUUUUUUUCAUUUGAAAAAAAAAAAACCUUAGCCAUGUUUGGAAAUAGUUUAAUGUGAACUUAAAAUUGCUACCGUUUUUGCAUUAGUUCCCUUCUACUUUCGACGUGUUAGUUUUGAAACCGUUUCAUAAUUUAAAGAUUCAAGUCAAGAUUUUGCCGAUUUAGUAUUUUAGAUAAGUUCACUAGGAAGGUUUACUACAACAGAGCCUGAGAAGUCUACUGCUUCAAAAUGGCAGCUGUUUAAUGUCAUCUGUCAUUUUGCAUGUAGUUCUAUAAGCAUUUGAUAUCUCGGCGUAGAUUGUAGGCCGUCAGCUAGUCAGGAAAUAUUGGAGCCGCAUAGCAUCGCGUUUGCUAGUGUCACACUUCAGUGUCUGACUCUUCUCGUGUCAUUCAACCAACGUAGUAACGCAUCGUAAUGCAGUCUCAUUGCCAAAACUGACAAAAUCCAGACCCAAAAAAAAUGCACGAAAAUGUACAUAUUUAAAAAUCAGUGCUCAUUUGUACAAAUUAUGCGGAAACCGUACAACUUUACAGAUAUGAAACUACGAUGCACAAUUUGCAUUCAACUAAAAAUUGUAAGAUUUAUCCCUAACAUCCACAUUGGGUUAGAAAUGUCAAGCUAUUCCCUCCCCAGUAAGAUUUUGAACCUAAGCAAAAUUUUUAGCUCAUCUGGUACCUACAUGGCACUUGUAAAGUCAAGGGCAAAUUUGUUUAAUAGCUUGACUCCUAAUGGACUAGUUUGAACAUUGACCACCAUUUAGGAUUACAGUAGAACAUUGACCAAUUUAUAAUAGCCAAAUGUAUCGCCAAGAUUUGUUGACAUCUUAAAUUGAAACCAUUAUAGAUUUUGAAGCCAACAGCACUGAGGAAUGUGAAAAAGCUGAAAAUAGGCAAUAUUUGACAUUGCACCACAGUAGGCUUGCUGCAAAGUCCAAUAAAACCAAUGUGAUAAGAGAAAAACACUUUCCACAGUAAUUAAAACUUGCCAUAAGAGAUUUAAAAACUAAAGCGAGUCCUGCUGCAUGAAGGCAUUCUUGAAAUGUGUUGAAAACGGAAUUUUUGCUUAUUGGGCAGCCCUGAGAGACCCUGAGCAAGUAUAUGUAAUUUCAGAAACUAUGGUGAAUUGAGUAAAUGCAUUUUCCCCAGCUCAGAUUAGUAAAUAUAAGAAUGUAUUUGUACAGGAGGAUGCCAUUUGACAGAGGGAGAAGUCAAAUGUGAUGACCAUUCAAAAAGGCAGAUUCAAUUUCAAUGAUUUAUUAGAGUUGCUGCAAUGAACAAGCUGUAACCUGCAAACAAUGUACAAAUUGGUGAUCAGUAGCUUCAACAAAAAAUAAAAUGGCACCACCUUCGACCUUACCUUGGAGACUACAAAUUGUUCCAUUUUUGACACCUGCUUCCACGCUUACAGCAACUUUUUCCACAAGGGCAAGGUACAUAAUAGGGCACACAGAAAGGCAGAGGGCAAAGGCUGGGUUCGUGGCAAGGAGGAAUUCUGGGGCAGCCAGGGCAAGGCGGACACUUAUGUUCAAUCAGUGCAAACGACUCUUCACCAGAUCCACCCAUGUCUUCAUUAGCCUCAGGUCCCAAAUUGUGUUCACCAGCUUGGACACCGGGUAGGCCCAAUCGCUCCAUAUCUGACUCUACUGGCAUGUAAUACGUAGGAUCCCAACUAGGUGCCAGGCUUCUCGGGGAACUCCUGUCCAACCCAAAGGGUGCAAAACCUCCCCGUCUAGAACCAUGUCCUAAAGAAGAGUCAAAAAUAUAGUCAAAAGUACAAAAAAAAAAAAAAAAGUCAGACAUUGACUAUGCCCAAUUCUGUCAAUUUAAAUCACUUUGGCAUCUAUUCCAUUUGAAUAGAAAGUGGGCGGUGGCCAGUAAACUGCUGCCAGGCCUCUUCAAAUUAACUGAUAUCAGUCAAUGGCAGCCCAUGAGAUUCAAAGCGCCAUCAUGAUCUAAAUGUUUAAAAACUUAACAUGCCAAGAAUUGCCUUACCGUUUUUGUUCACAAUUUCCAGCAUAAAGAUUUCCCAUUAUGUACCACCCCCCACUCAUCAUUACAAGCUCAGAAUUGGGCAAAACAAGGAUUUUUCCCCAGAGUAGUCCAUUAAUUCUAGCGUGGCCCUCUGGAUAUACAAGCCUGUUGUCCAUUUUCACACGUCAGUGCAGGAUAUAGUCUACUGUCAAAAAAUUUGACAGACUAAUGACAUCUCAAGUUUUGGGGUUAAGAUAUGAAAGAUUGAAAUUACAGAGUCAGCCAUUUGCAAAUUGGAUGGUGCUGCAAAUGCAUGGCAGUGGAAAACCAGUGACUGGGAGGAGUCAGAAUGAUGCUGUCAAAUCAAAGCAAUUUACAAUGGUUCAGAUUUACUCAUGAACAUCCUUUAGUUGUUGAGGUUCAAUGACGUACAAUUUGGGGUUAGCCUCACUAAUAUUGUAGUUAAGGACAUGUUUUGCCCCCAACUAACACAUCAUUUUGGACAUACAAGGAGGCAAGGACCACCAAACUUUAAGUGGCAAGUUUCAAAAGAGAUGAAACACCAUUGCAAAAUAGUCAUUGGAAAGCAUUUUGAUUAUGCCAAUUUUGAAAAAUUGGGUAUCUGGAGAGAUUUGGGUUUGCUAACUAGGUCACAUAUACAUAAUUUGCUGGCACUUACCCUUUACAUAUGGUCCAAAGGCCAACAGCCAGAGCACAAGCACCCUGAAAAAGGGGAGUUAACCAGUGAAAGAACAUUUAAAAGAUCUGCAUCAUGAAAGUCAAACUAAAACUAAACAAGAGAAUACUACCUCAGAGCAAAGUCAAAAGUCAUUAUUGACCACACGUGCUUGUUCUUCUUACUCAGCUUUGCAACUUCAGUUCUUGUGUCCUGCUGUUACUGUGGCUAACAACACACUGGCUCUAUUUAAAUGCUGACAGCGUGACACCUGCACCAAUCAGUGUGGUGAUUUCAAUUAUUGCACUCAGGUGUGUGGGAGGUGCAUCAUUUGGAAAUUGUGCUUCAUCUUUGUUUUUUAAGUGUGAUAUGAGCCAACAAUAUGCUGAAAAUGUGUAUUCUAUAGACACAAUAAAUAUAAAAUGUAAAAUUAAAAUAUUUUUAUGCAGUAAAAAUGGGGGGGGUGUAUUAUUUAAGAAAGAAAAAAAACACCAUUUCAUUCAGGAUUUUAUUAUUUUUCCUUUUUAUUUGUGAGUUAUUAUUGGUCCUUUUGACAGUUUUUUUCUUCACUGUUCAUUGGUUGCAUUACAGUCACUAUCUUUGAAAAAAGCGAUCCAGGACACAGUAUGUUUUGACGAAAUAUAGUUCACACCACUCUAUAUAUGCCGGAAAACACUCAGGUGACUUGACGUUCCACUAUGAGAUCCCCAAUUUGGCCAAAUUUCAAAACUGUCCGAUAUGCAUGUGUGAUAGAUCAUUGGAAAGCUUAAAAUCUCAAUUUUCUGGGGGAAGA